AAGGACAUCUUGUAGGAAUUACUGUGAGGAUGGCCCCGAAUAGGAGAUGCUAGGGGAUCUUUAACAUGACAUGGUGAUCUCAGUGGAUGGGUCUGGGUCCAUAAUGCUUUGCACCCAGUGUUAUGGGUGGACAUCAGGUGCCUUGCACCCAUGCCGAAACUAUACUGUACCCAGGAACGGACUGACCAUUUGGAAACUCGGGCACUGCCUGAGGGCCCAGGGUCAGUAGGGGGCCCCAUGAGAUGCCCCUGGUACCUUUUUCAUAGGCUUUUUUGAGUUUGGGCAAGGACACAGGGGCCCCAUGAUCCCCUAUUGCCCGGAGGCCCCAUGA